AUCUCUUUGGAUCCCUGUCUAAUUGAUCCAUGUUUCCGAAUUCUCCCUUGUAACCUUCACAAGCAGCCAAAAUGAAGUUGAAGCAUAACAUCAAUCCCGUUCUUCUACAGUUUAUAAACUUUAUAAUCUUGGUGUACUCCUUUGUAACGUACAUUCCGUGGUACAUACUUUCAGGAUCAAGGCAGGCUAUAGCAAAAGCCAAGCAGGUUAAAGCUAAACCUGUGAAUAACAAGCCUGGGGGUGCGUACAGAUCUGUUAACAGUCUACACUGCUUAGCUUCAGUUUUAUAUCCUGGGUGUGAUACACUCGACAAAGUUUUUAAAUAUGCUAAAACUAAAUUUAAGGACAAGAAACUCUUGGGAACACGUGAAAUCCUAAAAGAGGAAGAUGAAAUCCAGCCAUCGGGAAAAGUUUUUAAAAAGGUCAUCCUUGGCAAGUAUACCUGGCUUUCAUACGAAGAUGUAUACGUUAAAGCUGUUAAUUUUGGAAACGGCUUAGCAGUAUUGGGUCAGCAACCAAAGACUAACAUCGCUAUCUUUUGUGAGACUAGAGCCGAGUGGAUGAUUGCGGCACAGGCCUGCUUUAUGUGCAACUACCAGCUUGUUACUCUGUACGCUACUCUGGGAGGCCCAGCGAUAGUACACGGGCUCAAUGAAACCGAGGUGACCACCAUCAUUACUAGUAAAGAGCUGAUGCAGACAAAAUUGAAGGAAAUUGUUUCUCAAGUUCCACUGCUGCGACAUAUUAUUACAGUGGAUGGCAAACCAACAACGUGGUCAGAGUUUCCCAAGGGUGUCAUUGUUCACACUAUGGCUUCUGUGCAAGCUAUGGGAGCCAAGGCAGAUAUUGGAAACAAACAGCAGGCUAGGCCUGUGCCCUCCGAUAUCGCAGUGAUCAUGUACACCAGUGGAUCCACAGGAGUUCCCAAGGGAGUUAUGAUCUCCCAUAGCAACAUAAUUGCUGGGAUAACUGGAAUGGCUGAGAGGAUUCCAAAUCUGGGGGAAAAAGACAUCUAUAUUGGCUAUUUGCCUCUUGCCCACGUUCUGGAGCUGAGUGCUGAACUUGUGUGUCUGUCUCAUGGAUGCCGCAUUGGUUACUCUUCGCCUCAGACAUUAGCUGACCAGUCCUCUAAAAUAAAGAAAGGAAGCAAAGGUGAUGUCACUACACUUAAGCCAACCCUAAUGGCAGCUGUCCCGGAAAUUAUGGAUCGGAUCUACAAAAACGUCAUGAAUAAAGUGAAUGAAAUGACAAGUUUCCAGCGGAAUCUAUUUAUAUUGGCCUACAACUACAAAAUGGAACAGAUUUCCAAAGGUUACACAACCCCUCUCUGUGAUAGCCUUAUUUUCCGGAAAGUACGAAUGCUGCUAGGUGGAAAAAUCCGCAUCCUGCUUUGUGGAGGAGCUCCGCUGUCUGCAGCAACUCAGCGGUUUAUGAACAUUUGUUUCUGUUGCCCUGUAGGACAGGGGUAUGGACUAACUGAAUCAGCUGGAGCUGGAACGAUCACGGAAGUUUGGGACUACACUACAGGGAGAGUGGGAGCGCCUUUGGUCUGUUGUGAAAUCAAGUUAAUGAACUGGGAAGAAGGUGGAUAUUACAACACUGAUAAACCAUAUCCUAGAGGUGAGAUUCUUAUUGGAGGACAAAAUGUGACUGUAGGUUACUACAAAAAUGAAGUACGAACCAAGAAAGAUUUCACUGUUGACGAGAAUGGGCAGAGGUGGCUCCAUACUGGAGACAUUGGAGAGUUUCAUCAAGAUGGAUGUCUAAAAAUUAUUGAUCGUAAAAAAGAUCUUGUAAAACUCCAGGCAGGAGAAUAUGUUUCUCUUGGCAAAGUAGAAGCAGCUCUAAAGAAUCUUCCACUGGUAGAUAAUAUUUGUGCAUAUGCAAGCAGUUUCCAUUCUUAUGUCAUUGGAUUUGUUGUGCCAAAUCAAAAGGAGCUCGCAGAACUAGCUCGAAAGAAAGGAUUUAAAGGAACCUGGGAAGAGAUCUGUAACAGUCCUGAGAUGGAAAAAGAGGUACUGAAGGUGCUAGCUGAGGCUGCCGUGGCAGCUAAUCUGGAGAAGUUUGAAAUACCGGUAAAAAUUCGUUUGAGCCCUGAUCCUUGGACCCCUGAGACUGGUCUAGUGACAGAUGCAUUCAAACUAAAACGCAAAGAGCUUACGGCAUACUAUCAAAUGGACAUCGAGCGAAUGUAUGGAAAAAAUGUAAAAUAAUUAUUUUUUUUUCUGCACCACUUUGCUACAAUGAGCUUGGAUCAAAUAGGAAAUACUUGAAUUGCCUGUCUCAACACUUGAGAUCAACACACAAAACCACCAUUCAUCAUUUGCAGCUUCAACUGUUAUUUCUGAUAACAUCGCCAUGAUGACUGGCAAGUCUAGUAAAACGUUACGGCAGCAAACUUGUGUCUGUCUCCUUUUUUUCCACUUUUCCCUGCUACCUUGUCAGUCUGUGGAUUUUCCCGAGUCUUUUUGGGAAACCAUCAUUCUGAAGCCUCAAGUUUUUAAACAUUUAUAAAUCCUGUAUAAUGUUUUAUUUGUAUCUUUAAAAUUUGGAUGUAUAUAGAGAGAACUUGGCUAUAUAAGAAAUGGUUAUACUGGGGGCCUUUUUUUACCUAAUUAUUUAAAGAUAAGAAGGUAUUGAUGUUGUGACACUAUGUACAUUGAAAAUGCUUUCAUCGUUGAACAGAAGACCAGGUUAUUUGCUGCUGUGCUGUUUUUCUGUGUAAAACUGGGGGAGAAAAUGUUUGACAUUCCAGCAUGUGUAACAC